GCUGGAGCUAGAAACGGCCGGCCGAGGGGCUGCGGGGCGGGGAAGCCGGAGGGCGUGGGUGGGCGCGGCGGACUGACCUAGGCUGUGUCGGGCGCAGCUGCGUGCUUGUUAAAUGGGAGGUGAUGCUGGGGACGGAGAACUAGGCUCCGCUGCUGGGGGCCUGGGCCGGGGCCAGGUUGCCUUCGCCAUGGCUGACCACUGUGGUCAGGAGAGAGAGGCUGAGACGACGGCUGAACGACUAGGCAACGGAGCCCAGAACGUCACUCACAACAUUGCUGCCCACGGCGAGGACACGCAUUCUGAAGAGGAAGGCUUUGCUGGGGACGAGGAGGAGUCUGACGGGGAGCCGAGCACCUGGGAGGUGCCAGAAGGAAUGCGCUGUUGGCGUAUGGAGCAACCCACCGAGCUGUUUAAUGAGGACUGGGACCUGGAGUUGAAAGCCGAACAAGGGAAUCCAUAUGAUGCUGAUGACAUCCAGGGGAGCAUCUCUCAGGAGGUCAAGCCCUGGGUGUGCUGUGUACCACGCGGAGACAUGAUCUACGACCCCAGCUGGCACCACCCACCACCGCUCAUCCCCCAUUACUCCAAGAUGGUCUUCGAGACAGGACAGUUUGACGAUGCCGAAGACUGACCCUGGAGCCGCCUCUGAGGUGAGGAGCCAGGUCCGAGACGACUCUGCCAGUGGGCUCUGCGUCUCGGCUGCACAGACUGGUGGGAAAUAAGUUACCCCAUCCCUCCUAUCCCUUCUACCGGUUCUGUUGUUGUUGUUGCUGCUGCUGCUGUUUUUUUUUAACAAACUCCUUGGAAUAUGGGAGCAUUUGUGUUCGUGCCAGGAGGAGCUGUGUUCUUGUGUGUUUAUAAAUAAAAGUAGGAAAAAGAUGAA